AUGCCGCCAGGCCCGAGUUGGGCAGACCUGCUACCGGAGCUUGUCUGCCGCAUCGCCGACGGCCUUGACGACCUCAAGUGCUACGCGAGUGCGCGGGGCGCUUGCAGGACAUGGCGUCACACGCUCGUGCUACCAUCACCGUCGCUGCUCGUUGACCAUGGCGACGAUCCUUCCAAGCGUUGCACCACCGCUGCCAUCAAGCGUCGUACCACCGCGGCCUCAAUCCCCGCGCAUCGCUCCUUCGAGCUCAACGCCAUCCCUUCAGGCAAGACCUGUCUCGGCUGUUGUAGCGGAUGGCUCGCCCUAUCCGUCCGCAUCGACGAUGUUCAUAGCCUGCUCAGCCUCUUCCACCCCAUCACGGCCGCCGAGAUCCUCCUACCCCCGCUUGUCUACGACAGCCGCCUCGUCUCCAAGAUUGUCUUCGCGCCCAACCCUGCCACUAAUGACUUCAUGGCCGCUGUGAUCUAUGACAUCGAUAGGGUUGCCUACGUUACCGCAGGGGCUAGGAGGUGGGCCGUCCUCGACCCCAUUCGCCUCGCCGUUGGAGACCAGCUCGCCGACCUCCUCUACCAUGGAAAUGGUAGGGUCUACUGCCUCACUCGGUUUGGAGACGUCCAUGUGCUCCUCCUACCGCAGCGCUGCCGCCGGGAACCUAUCAUCCUCGAGGGGCCCACAUCAACAUAUCCUGCGGUGCAUAAUAGGCAAAUCAUCGAGAUGCAUGGGAUAGGACCGGAUCUAAAUGCGCCGGCCACCAUUGAGACGUUGUUCUCGUCUGUGAGAAGCAACCUAUCGUUCGAUGACGACGCCGGUUUCGCCCCGCCAUACAACACAAUCUCGGCUUUCACUAGUGUCAAGAACCUGGUGUUCUGUGAUGGUAACCUGUACCAAAUCUGGAGGAAUGCGUCCUGCACGGUUACUUUGCAGCUGCCAGAAGGGGGUCGAUGUCGUGUAGCACAUGAUGAGAUAUUUGUUCUGAGGUAUGACCCCCAGCGCCAACCAUGUCGGGACGUUGUGGCCGACUUAGGGGGAUAUUCAGUGUUUAUUGGGAGGAACAAUUCAGUGUCGAUAUAUGCGGAAGGCAUGCCGGGACUUAAGGGUGAUUGUGUGUACUGGAUUGGUGGGAGAGGUAGGGAUCAGGGCAUGGUCUUUGACAUGAAGACUGGCAGCUCAACACCUUGCAUUCCCCUCGUGGAUGGUGUUCUUUUGGGGUCUCCACAAAGCACAAUAUGCUGGUACUUUCUAAGCGACAAAUGA